CAUUACGCGAUAACGCUGCUGUAGAUACCAGUUAUAUCACUCGUAAACAACUAUGUUUAUACGUAGCUUGCGAUCAGUAUUGUUCAAGUGUUCAAACGUUUUCGUACGCGAAUUACAUUUAAAAAUGCCGCAAAAAGUUUACAUUGUCGGAGUUGGGAUGACGAAGUUCACAAAACCGAGUCCAGACCGUGAUUAUCCAGAGAUGGGAAAAGAGGCCGUAGAAGCGGCACUGACUGAUGCCGGUAUAAAAUAUGAUAAAAUACAGCAGGCGGUUUGUGGAUAUGCUAAAGGAGACUCUACAUGCGGACAGCGAGUGUUAUAUCAAGUCGGAAUGACAGGCAUACCCAUCUACAACGUCAAUAACAACUGCUCCACAGGCUCAACUGCUUUGUUCCUCGCUAAACAGCUUAUAGAAGGAGGCGACAAUGUUAUUCUAGCUCUUGGUUUUGAAAAAAUGGCGCCAGGAGCUUUAGGUGCUAGCGCCUAUGAAGACCGCACGUCACCUCUUGACAAACACAUCGCAAAGAUGGCCGAUCUAGCAGGCUUGACUAAGGCACCAAGAACAGCGCAAUUCUUCGGAAAUGCUGGACUAGAGUACAUGAAGAAAUACGGAGCAACGGAAGAGCAUGUUGCGAAAAUAGCUGCAAAGAAUCAUAGACAUGGAGCGAAGAAUCCACGCGCUCAGGUCGCUAGAGAAUAUACUGUAGAAGAAGUUCUGAACUCUAGAAAGAUUUUUGGUCCUUUGACCAAACUAUCUUGUUGUCCUACUAGCGACGGCGCUGGAGCCGCCGUCCUAAUGUCGGAAAAAGCUGUUAUCCAAAACGGACUUCAAAAGAAGGCCGUAGAAAUUCUUGGCAUGGAAAUGGCUACAGAUACUAAUGAAACCUUGACUGGGAAAAGUUUCUUGAGUCUCGUUGGUUAUGAUAUGACUACUUUAGCUGCUAAGCGUCUAUAUCAAAAGACUGGAAUAUCUCCUAAAGAUGUGAAUGUGGUCGAGCUUCAUGACUGCUUCGCUACGAAUGAGAUGAUCACGUACGAAGGGCUGCAGCUGUGUGAAGUGGGGAAAGCUGGGAAGUUCGUAGACGACGGGGACAACACGUACGGAGGGCGAGUGGUGGUGAACCCGAGCGGUGGACUGAUAGCGAAGGGACAUCCUCUCGGAGCCACUGGACUGGCGCAGUGCGCGGAGCUGAUCUGGCAGCUACGGGGAGAGGCUGGGGAUAGACAGGUCCCCAACGCUCGCAUAGCCCUGCAACACAACCUGGGUCUAGGUGGCGCUGUGGUCGUCACUCUGUACAGGAAAGGUUUCCAGAACGUCAGCUCCAAGCUUUAACUUAUAAUGUAUAAGUAUUAUAUUUAACUUUUAUACAUAUAUUAUAUCAGAUAAAAUUAUUUUGUACAGAUUUAAUCAUUUAAAAAAUUAAGUUUUGAAAUAGGGAAUAUUACUGCAAUGCUGCCGCCAGAGUGCAGCACUCAGACUCUAGUAAAUUAAUAGACUAACUUAUUGACUAGUAAACUGAUUAUUGACUAGUUUUCACAGACAAUAAUAUAUGACAUUGAUGCAUCAAGGCGGUUUGUUAACAAGGCCCUACCGGUAAACGCGAAAAUCGAAAUUUAGUUAUUUGCCUCUUUAUCGCUCAAAUAUGCAAGAGUGAUAGAGAGAUUAGAAAACGAAAUUUCGAUUUUCUUGUUUCGGGGUAGGCCAUGUGAUUGAGGUGAUGUGUCAAUGUAGUUUAUUUGGUGUAUAUGCCACCAAGGUGCCAUCUACGCAGAGCUUUGCCUAAUAUUCCCUAUUGAAACAUACCUAAUCUACUCUGUACACAAAACCUAUACAUAUAUAUGCUAGGAACAAUCUAUGUUAUCUGGUAUUUGAAUACUCAUUGCGCCAUCUAGGAUUAUGAAAUCACAACUAAGCUUUGAGGCAUAAUGUAAAGAUGGCGCUAAUUGUUUCAACAUUAAGAAAUAAUAAGUAAGUUCAUAAUCGGAAUGUCAAAUAAAACAAAUAGAAAUGACAAAAAAAUUUAUCAAGCUGAUUUAACUUUAUUACCUACUCCCCGACCACACACUUUUAAUAAUAAGUAUUUUAUUACAG